AUGGAAUCAGAGACGACCAUACCGAGCCACCAAGACGAAACCAAGACAGAGUCCACAGAAUUCACGAAGAAACAGAAACGGUACCAAGACUUGAUCGCCACGUUUCCUCACGUACAAGGCUGGUUUUCCAAAGCUCCCCUGAUCGAGUAUUGUGGUCACUGGUACAUACAGGCUGGCCUAGAAGGGUGCCUUCACGUGCAAGACUUUUUCCAAGCACGGCCCACUGACAUCCUCGUUUGUACCUACCCAAAGUCGGGUACCACUUGGCUCAAAGCUCUAACUUUCACCAUCGCCAAUCGAUCUCGCUUGGACGACGAUUCCUCCAACCCUCUCCUAAAACGCAACCCUCACGAGCUUGUUCCUUUCAUUGAGACAGAUCUCCCUACGUUCAUCUCCAAGUGGGCUUUCUUUGAAAAAGAAAAAUCAGAUCAAGAGCAUCCAGAUAAGGUUUUGUUUCUCAAGUACGAGAAGUUGAGAGCUGAUCCUUUGCCGCAUGUGAAAAGAUUGGCUGAGUUUAUGGGUUAUGGAUUCACAGCUGAGGAAGACGAAAUAGGUGUUCAGUCCUUCGGUUUAUUAUCCGAAUAG